GAAGAGGGAAGUGAAAAGAUGUUAAAUACCAGGGCCAGCUCCCCUGCUCAGCCUGGAGGUCCUGCUUCUCCGUCAGCAUGAAGGCUCUCCUCAUUCUGGGGCUUCUCCUCCUCUCUGUCGCUGUCCAGGGCAAGGUCUAUAAUCCAUGUGAACUUGCCAGCACUCUGAAAAGACUUGGAUUGGCUGGCUAUAGGGGAGUCAGCCUGGCAAACUGGGUGUGUUUGGCCAGAUGGGAAAGCAGUUAUAACACACGAGCUAUAAACCACAAUAGAGACGGAAGCACUGAUUAUGGGAUAUUUCAAAUCAAUAGCCGCUACUGGUGCAAUGAUGGCAAAACCCCAAGAGCAGUUAACGGCUGUGGUAUACCCUGCAGCGCUUUGCUGCAGGAUGACAUCCGUCCAGCUGUAGCAUGUGCAAAGAAGAUUGUCAGUCAGCAAGGCAUCACAGCAUGGGUGGCAUGGAAAACUCAUUGUCGGGGCAAAGAUGUCGGGCCUUAUCUUAAGGGUUGCAGACUGUAACUGGGGGCUUUUCUUUCUUCAGCUCAUUUUGCCUCUUUUUCAUAUUAAGGAAGUAAUAGUUGAGUGAAAGCUCAUUCUACCAUUCUUUCAAACAAAUAAUGUUUUUACAGAAACAGGAGCAUAUGGUCUUUCUUCUAAGAGGCUUAAAGCUUACCUCAUGCAUUUAUUGUUUGAUAUUAGGCCAACAAUAUUUUUCAGUUUGCUAAUAGAAUUAAUGCUGGUGAAUAUUUCUCUAAAAUCUUAAUUAUCAAAUAUAUCUGCAGUGCAUUCAGUUCCUAAUCAAAGGAAUAACCCAGACUUACUCUUGAAUGAUGCAAGCACUCCCCAAUAUGCAAUACAAAUGUAACAAAAGAAUAUCUUUAAACAAAAUGAUCUUAGGCAAAAUCCCACCUGUAUAUGCAUAUGACCCUUUCAUAUGUUCUGUCAUUUCCAAAAACAGUAAAAGAGAACCAGUCUUUGUUGGGCAAUAUACAAUUUAAACAGGAGCAGAAUGCCCAAUGGCUAAAAAUGGAAACAGCCUGAAUUAAGAAUCUGGUUCUCAGAAAGUGUGACCUUUGGUUUAAAUGUUUUCUUAGAAAUGCUGCAUUUACACAGCUUUAAAAAUAAAUGAUUCAUAUAUCAGACUAUUUUAGCCCCUUUUAAAGAACUCAUUUAUGCAUCCUGCUGAUCAUGAAGGAAUAUAAGGAGGGAUUACAUGGGCAGUUGCUUUUCCUUCAUGUUAUUAACUUAGAUGCAUGCAUUAUGAGUAAAUUCAGAGGCAGAUGAGUUUGCAAGUAUUGAAAGAAUUGCUAAUUAACCAUACGAAUAAAAUUAUGCAUGCUGUAAAAAGUACAAAUAUUUUCAUUAAAAGCUUUGAAAUUCA